AGGCGGGGCGGGCGGGCGAGCGAGCGAGUGAGUGAGUGAGCAAGAUGGAGGGUUACGGCAUCAUCGCCAACCAGCCUGUGGUCAUCGACAACGGCUCUGGGGUCAUCAAAGCUGGCUUUGCAGGCGAUCAGAUUCCUAAAUACUGUUUUCCCAAUUAUGUGGGGCGUCCAAAGCAUGUGCGGGUCAUGGCUGGAGCGCUGGAGGGCGAUAUCUUCAUCGGUCCCAAAGCCGAGGAGCACCGUGGGUUGCUCUCUAUCCGCUAUCCCAUGGAGCACGGGAUAGUUCGUGACUGGAAUGACAUGGAGAGGAUCUGGCAGUAUGUCUACUCUAAGGAUCAGCUUCAGACGUUUUCAGAAGAGCAUCCAGUCCUUCUGACUGAGGCUCCACUGAACCCUGGCAAAAACCGCGAGCGAGCAGCAGAGGUCUUCUUCGAGACUUUCAACGUCCCUGCACUUUUCAUCUCGAUGCAAGCUGUGCUCAGUCUUUACGCCACGGGAAGGACGACUGGUGUGGUGUUGGACGCGGGGGACGGCGUGACCCACGCGGUGCCAAUCUACGAGGGCUUUGCGAUGCCCCACUCCAUCAUGAGGGUGGACAUCGCUGGCCGGGAUGUAUCCCGUUACCUCCGCCUGCUGCUCAGGAAGGAAGGCUACGACUUCCACACCACCGCGGAGUUCGAAGUGGUCAAAACCAUCAAAGAGCGGGCCUGUUACCUGUCCAUCAACCCCCAGAAAGAUGAGACCCUGGAGACGGAGAAAGCUCAGUACACACUGCCCGACGGCAGCACCCUGGAGGUCGGGCCCUCACGGUUCCGAGCCCCUGAGUUGCUGUUCAAGCCGCACUUGAUAGGAGACGAGAGCGAAGGAAUUCACGAGGUGUUGGCUUUUGCCAUUCAGAAAUCUGACAUGGAUCUGCGGAGAAUGCUCUUCUCGAACAUUGUGUUGUCUGGCGGCUCCACCCUGUUCAAAGGUUUCGGUGACCGGUUGCUCAGUGAAGUGAAGAAACUGGCUCCAAAAGAUGUGAAAAUAAAGAUCUCGGCCCCUCAGGAGAGACUGUACUCCACGUGGAUCGGGGGCUCCAUCUUGGCGUCCUUGGACACCUUUAAGAAAAUGUGGGUGUCGAAAAAGGAGUACGAAGAGGAUGGUCCAAGGGCCAUUCACAGGAAAACCUUCUAACAGCAGCAGCUCCUGACCUGUACCUGUCUGUGUUCUCCUGUGUGUGAGCCUCGCUCUCUCUGUACGACCCCCGGAAUCAUGCAGGAACGAACAACGGACAAACAAAAAAAAAAAUCUCGAGCGUCAGAUCGAAACGAGGUUUUCGGACGGGGGGGUUGGGGGAGUGGGGAGGGGAGUGGGUUUGUGAGACCCCAAUCUCCUCCCUUCACUUCCUGCGCCCGUGUGUCUGUGUGUAUAUUGGAAUCUACCUUUUUAUUUAAUUGCUGUACAAAUGUUUGGAGAUGUUCGAAAGGCCCAGGAUCCGAACUCCCUCUCGUCUGUGGCGGAAAGGUCGUGGGGUUUUUUUUUGAACAAAAAGGAAGAAAAGCAACGGAUGGGGGGGGU